AUGGCAGAGAUCCGUAGAAAGCUCGUAAUCGUCGGCGACGGAGCCUGCGGUAAAACUUGUCUUUUGAUUGUUUUCUCCAAGGGCACCUUCCCAGAGGUCUACGUCCCAACCGUUUUCGAGAACUACGUUGCCGAUGUUGAGGUUGAUGGAAAGCACGUCGAGUUAGCACUAUGGGAUACGGCUGGACAAGAAGAUUACGAUCGUCUCAGACCGCUCUCAUACCCAGAUUCGCAUGUCAUCCUCAUCUGCUUUGCCGUCGACUCACCGGAUUCUCUCGACAACGUUCAGGAAAAGUGGAUCUCUGAAGUCUUGCACUUCUGCAGCGGCCUCCCAAUCAUCCUCGUUGGUUGCAAGAAGGAUUUACGUUACGACCAGAAGACCAUCGAAGAGCUCCACAAGACCAGCCAAAAGCCUGUUACUCCCGAGCAGGGCGAGGAGGUUCGCAAGAAGAUUGGCGCCUACAAGUACCUUGAGUGUUCCGCAAAGACAAAUGAGGGUGUCCGUGAGGUUUUCGAACACGCCACACGCGCCGCGCUCUUGACCAAGAAGAAGAAGGAGAAGAAGUGCAUUGUCCUGUAA